AUGACCUUAGACAAGUUCAAAUAUGGUCUUGAGUUUGACACACGUCAAUUCUCGGCAGAGAACUAUAAGAGAUUUGCAGAAGCAAUUUACAAAAAAAACAAUGUAUAUAGUCCGAUUAUUGGCUUUGUAGAUGGAACAAUGCAAAAGAUUGCUUGCCCUAAUGUUAAUUAUGAGCAAAGUCUUGCUUACAAUGGAUAG